AUGGCGCCCCGUUCAUUGAUUGCGGGUGGUCUGGUCGCCCUGGCUGCCACCGGCGAUGCUCUUGCCACUGUGCAGCGUGUGUCCACAGGCUCGACAUCUGGCGCGGCCUUCUUCGAGAGUGAGACCCUGCAAUUGACCGAGGCUUCGCUGUCGCAACUCAGCGAGAAUCAGUCUGCUUGGUUCGACUUUGCCAAGAAUGACAGCGACCUGCACACCCGGUCUUUUGGAGGCUGCAAGGUCUUCCCAGGGGAUUGGCUGUGGCCGUCAGAGUGGGUGUGGCGGUUGUUCGAUGAGCUGCUGGGAGGUGCUCUGAUCAAGACGGUGCCCCUGGCGGCAUCUUGCUAUUCUUCGUGGCCCGAGUAUGAUGCCAAUGAAUGCGAGACUCUGACCUCAGAAUGGACCAACUCCAACAUCCACGCCGCGGAUCCUGCCUCGGUGAUGUGGCCCCUGUUUGAGGGCCGAACUUGCCUUCCCACGACAAAUGCCUCUGCCUCCUGCACGGUAGGUGGAUACAGCAGCUAUGCGGUCAAUGUGAGCAACGUGGCCCAAAUUCAGCUGGCGGUGAACUUUGCUCGCAACGCUGGUCUGCGUCUGGUAGUCAAGAACACCGGACAUGAUUUCAAUGGAAAGUCGACCGGAGCCGGUGCUCUCGGCAUCUGGACUCACAAUCUCAAGGAGAUUGACUACAUCGAGAACUACCGCAGCCCCAGCUACCAAGGCCCCGCUGUCAAGCUGGGUGCCGGUGUCCAAGCCUACGAGAUCUAUGAAAAGGCCAACGAGCUGGGCUUUACCGCCAUCGGUGGAGAGGGCAAGACUGUUGGAGUUGCUGGCGGCUACGUCCUCGGAGGCGGUCAUAGCCCCAUGUCUUCCAUCUAUGGCCUGGCUGCUGACCAUGUCCUCGCUCUGGAGGUUGUCCUUGCCAACGGCCGCUUCAUGACCGUGACCGAAGAGAGCAACCCCGAUCUCUUCUGGGCCAUCCGCGGUGGCGGUGGUGGUACCUUCGGCGUCGUCACCUCUGUGAUCAGCCGUGUCCAGCCUAAGGUCGGCGUGACCGUCUCGACCUUCACCUUCUCCACCGGCACCAACGUCUCCGCCGAUACCUUCUGGGCCGGAGUGCGCUCGUACAUGAAGCGUUUCCCCGCCCACGCCAACGCGGGCACCUACGCCUACUUCUGGGUCCUGUCCACCGGCACCGACUCCUUCACCUUCAUGAUGAACCCCUUCUUUGCCGUCAACCACACUCUCGCCCAGUACAACGCCCUCAUCAAGCCGUGGUACAACGACCUCAAGGCCCUAGGCAUCUCCUUCACCCCCAACUCCACCUACUACGACAAUUUCUACGACGCGUGGAACGCAGGGUUUCCCCUCGAGACGGUCGCUUCAUCAGUCAUGAUGACCGGCUCCCGGCUCUUCCCUCGCGAAAACUGGGAGACAGCCUCAUCAUUCAACGCCACCUUCAACGCUCUCCACGAGACCGUCGCCAAUGGAUACUCUCUCCUCGCCUUCAACGUGAAAGCUGAGCUGCCGGACGGGUACACGCCCAACUCUGCCAACCCUGCUUUCCGCAACACUCUGCUGCACGCCAUUACCUCGACGUCGUGGGAUGCCAAUGCCACCAACUCCGAGAUCAAGUCCAAGAUGGAAGACUUCACUAACAAUGUUCUUGACAAGUGGCGUGCUACUUGCCCGGAUGCUGGUGCCUACAUGUCGGAGUCGGAUAUUCUGGAGCCGAACUUCCAGCAGGCUUUCUACGGAUCGAACUAUGCUCGUCUGUACAAGCUGAAGCAGCGCUACGAUCCUACUGGUCUCUUCUAUGUCCCUACUGGUGUUGGUAGUGAGAACUGGGUUGUGAAGAGCGAGGAUGGUCUGCCUGACCAGAAUGGCCGCUUGUGUCGAGUUUAG